AUGAAGACGGCAACCAACUACAAUUUCCUCAUCGUCCUGAUCGUCACCUUUGGGUCAUUGACGUAUGGGUACAACUCUGCUAUCAUCGGAGCCGUGAUAGGCCUCCCGUCCUUUUUCCAGUACUUCAACAUCGACAUCACGUCGGGUGACGGUUCGCGGAUUACUGGCGGUGAGUGCUUGCGCAUAGGAACUCCGACACCAAUGCUAACGUUUCUGUCAGCUACCAAUGGACUCUUUGCUGGAGGCGGCUUCAUCGGCUGCUACCUGAUAACAUGGCUGGCCGACAAGGUGGGCAGGAAAAGAUCCAUCCAGAUCACCUCGUGUCUCUGCAUCGUGGCCGGUGCGCUGCAAGCUGGAUCUGUCCAUAUAGCGAUGUUCCUGGUCGCUCGGUUCUUGAUGGGGAUGGGCGUUGGCAUGGUCAACGUCAUCACACCACUGUAUCAAUCUGAAGUCUCCCCUGCUCAUUCCCGAGGAAGGAUGGUCGGCAGCCAUGGCUUCGUCCUCUGCGUCGGUUAUGGUCUUGCGGGAUGGACAGGCUACGGCUGCUACUUCUUGAAGAGUCAAGUCGCUCAAUGGCGCCUAUGCUUAGCCCUUCAGAUCGUGCCACCUUUAGGUCUCCUGAUCGGAUCUUGGUGGGUGCCAGAAUCCCCUCGCCAUUUAGUGGCCACGGACCAACAGGAGGCUGGGUUCGCGAUCCUCAAGCGACUCCACCACCAUCCGGACGACGAAGACGACACCAUCGCUCGUGAGGAACUUUACCAAAUCCGCCUGCAGCUGGACUUGGAGAAGCGACAAGGUUGGAGACAGGGUUGGAUCAAGGGCUGGAUCCUGCUGUUCACCAGGAAAUCAUACCGGAAGCGCAUGCUCUUUGGCUUUUUACUGCUCGGUUUGGUCCAAAGCACGGGCUGCCUUGUGAUUAACAAUUACCAAGUUCUUCUCUACAAUGGCCUCAGCCUUUACGGAUCGAUGCCGUUAUUGCUGUACGCCUUGUGGGAUACUUGGGCUGCGAUCAUGAAUCUUGUCAACGCGCUGCUGCUGGAUAAGGUCGGUCGUAUUCCAAUCAUGGUUAUCGGGCAGAUUGGGUGCGCCGUCUCCGUUGCCGGUUUCACGGCUUGCCUCGCAAGAUACGGCGGCACUGACAACCGCCUCGGAAAUGGUUUCGGUGUCUUCUUUCUCUACCUCUUUGUCACGUUCUUCGGCGGCUCAAUGGACGCCUCCUCAUACGUCUACUCAUCCGAGAUCUUCCCCACCUCGAUCCGUGCUCAGGGCGCCGGGUUCAGCGUCUCCGGGUUGUUCGCCUUCAGCUUGAUCUACACCAUGUGUGCUCCGGUUGCCUUUAACAAUAUCGGCUGGAAAUAUUACCUCAUCUUCAUCAUCGUCCCGCUGUUCGGAGCGACAAUCAUGUACCUAUUCUACCCGGAGACCAAGGGUUUGGCUCUCGAAGAGAUCGCCGCGAAGUUUGGAGAUGAGGUCGCUGUCAAUAUCACGGAUCUCUCCGCUGAAGAGAGGGCCAAACUUGACAAGAGUCUUGUCAACACGGAUAUCAUUGAGCUGGAGGUGAAAGUCUAG